CCCGAGUCCGAGCGGUCAAACAACCAAAAACAACCCAAAAACGGCGCCCCUUCUUCCCUCCACCACCCGCCAUUCCUUCACGAAAUACUCUUCCGUGGACAAUUGGACAUCUACAUUUCUUGUUCUCAAAGAUUUAACUUGCUUCAUCGUUUAUCUUAGCCCUUUCCUUCAAGCAAUCAAAACAACACAUAACUCUUGGUUUUCUCCCAUUCAAUCGAUCCAAUCCAACAGUCGAAAAGUCCGUCUAACUAUGCCCACAGUCAGUGUAAAAUGGCAAAAAGAGCUAUACCGGGAUGUGGAGAUAGAUACAACUCAGCCUCCAUACGUCUUCAAAUGUCAAUUAUAUGACCUCACAGGAGUUCCACCUGAAAGGCAAAAGAUAGUGAUGAAAGGUGGAUUAUUAAAGGAUGACUCCGACUGGUCAAAAAUGGGGGUGAAAGAGGGGCAAAGGUUGAUGAUGAUGGGAACAGCAGAUGAGAUUGUGAACGCCCCUGAAAAGAGUCCAGUUUUUAUGGAAGACCUUCCAGAAGAAGAACAAGUAGUUGCUGUGGGUCAUUCUGCUGGAUUAUUCAAUUUGGGAAACACCUGCUACAUGAACUCCACAGUCCAAUGCUUGCAUUCGGUUCCUGAGCUCAAAUCUGCAUUAAUUGAGUAUCCUCAAUCUGGAAGAAGCAAUGAUUUAGAUCAGUCUUCUCAUCUUUUGACUGUUGCAACAAGAGACUUGUUUAGUGAGCUUGAUAAAAAUGUUAAGCCAGUUGCACCAAUGCAGUUCUGGAUGGUAUUGCGGAAAAAAUAUCCUCAGUUUGGCCAGCUGCAUAAUGGGUCCUUUAUGCAACAGGAUGCUGAAGAAUGCUGGACACAGAUUUUGUAUACUCUAUCCCAGGCCCUUAGAAGACCAAGUUCCAGUGAGAAUCUUGAUACAGUGAAGGAACUUUUUGGAAUUGACCUAGUAAGCAGGGUGCAUUGUGCAGAAAGUGGUGAAGAAAGUUCAGAGACAGAAUCAGUUUAUUCUCUUAAAUGUCACAUAUCACAUGAGGUGAAUCAUUUGCACGAGGGCCUGAAACAUGGGCUGAAGUCAGAGCUGGAAAAGGUUUCCCCAACUUUAGGACGGAGUGCAGUUUAUUUAAAAGAUUCACACAUAAAUGACUUACCAAGGUACCUGACUAUUCAGUUUGUUCGAUUUUUCUGGAAAAGGGAAUCUAAUCAGAAGGCAAAGAUCUUGAGGAAAGUGGAUUAUCCAUUGGAGUUGGACAUUUUUGAUCUUUGUUCUGACAAUCUUCGCAAACAGCUGGAAGUUCCUCGACAGAUGUUAAGAGACGAGGAAGGUAGGAAGGCUGGUUUAAAACUCAAAGAACAGAGCUCCAUUGCAGUAGACAAUGAUGUUAAGAUGUCUGACACGGAGGUCAGUAUGGGAUCAUCUGAGAAGAAAAAUCGGUUGACCGGAGUGUAUGAUUUGGUGGCUGUGUUGACUCAUAAAGGCAGAAGUGCUGAUUCAGGUCAUUAUGUCGCGUGGGUCAAACAAGAAAAUGGGAAAUGGAUAGAAUUUGAUGAUGAUAAUCCAAUUCCACAAAGGGAAGAAGAUAUAACAAAACUAUCUGGAGGAGGUGAUUGGCAUAUGGCUUACAUUUGUAUGUACAAGGCCCGCACCAUUGCCAUGUAACGUUUUUCCAUUUUGUUGUUUGUGUAAUUUGAUUAUUGGAAUACUGGAUUUUUACGUGUCAUUUGGUUGUUUGAUACAUUUGCUACUAUAUUUGUUGAGUUAAAUAUUGUUUAUACUUACAAAAAAAAGUAUAUAGAUGGUGAAUUUGUUUGAUGUUCA